AUGCCUCAUGCAGUAGCAGCGGCAACAGCAGCAGCAGCAACACCAGCCGAGGCCGUUUUGGGACAGCUGCAGCAGCAGCACCAGCAGCAGCAGCAGCAGCAACAUGGGGGAUAUGAAGAAUACUUGCGGCGAGGCCCCAGACUCCAAAGCGAUGUCAGCCCCACUUCCCAGCAGCAGCAAAAUGAGCUGCUGCUGACAGUCCAGCAGCAGCAGCAGCAGCAGCAGCUGAGACAGCAGCAGCAGCAGUUGCGUACGCUGCAGCAGCAGCUGGAGGCCCAGAACUUGGCGGCCUCAGCCCCAGGGGCGCAGCAGCGGCGGCUGCAGGCUCUAGACAACUGGAUAUGGCCCCAGCAGCAGCAGCAGCAGCAGCAGCAAGCAGCAGCAGCAGCAGCACAACGACAACGACGCAGCCGCCCCCCCCGCUGCAGCAAACCACCAAAACCCUCAGCAGGGCCCUCGAAUUAG